AUGACGCUAAACUUCGGCGGCCGCAGCGGCGAGGCCGAUGACUCCCUCUCUCCUGAGGGGCCCCCCUCAGGUGUCGGGGGGCCCCUUGGGGGCCUCCUUGAAGGACCUCUCGCGACCAUCAUCCCGCCCACAGCAGCAGCAGCAGUUUCUGCUGCUGCUACGGAGGCACCUGCUGCUGCUGCUGCCCCUCCGCAGCAGUCGCUCAAGGCCCGCAAGAGGACCCGGGUAGGAAGUAUGACGGGCCGAGCGGCGUUUGCUUCUCGCGGUGUGAAGGACGAAUGGAGAGACGAAGAAGAUCUGCAAGUGAUAGCUCCUCCUCAGCCUCGUUUCCCUCUGGUCUCUUGUUCUGCUGCUAAGGCUCUUGUCUGCAUUGGAGGCAUUGCAGCUGUCGGGGCAGUGUUGUCUCAACUAGGUGGCAGGUACUUGAAGCGAAGAAGACGAAGAAAGAUGGGUUUAGAGGGGCCCCCAUCUCCUUUCUCUCGGCUUUUAGGCCCCGUGUUGCUGCAGAAUGCUGACGGCAAAGCAGCAGCAGGAGCAGCAGCAGCAGCAGGAGCAGGAGCAGCAGCAGCAGCAGAAAAAAGCUCUCUUAUACCUGAUUUCCUUAAGUUUAAACAAACUUUCAACGAAGCACCAACAAACAAAACACUCGGAGAGAAAGACAGCAUCACAGCCCUCUACUUCACGGGCAAAGGCGUAGAACAAAUCCUUCAAGCUAGGGGUUUUAUGCCUUUUACUCCUCGCCUUAGGAGUAUAGUAGAAGCAGCAAAAGAACAAGGAAAGAAAUUAAAUAUUGUUUUUGUCUCUGCUGAUAAUAAACCUGAAGAUGCAGCAGAACUCUUCAAAACCAUGCCUUGGUACGCGGUACCGUUUGAUGACGAGGAGGGCCGCGGUGUGGCUCGUUCUUUAUAUAGACGUUUUCGUGUUUCGUCUUUACCUCAAUUGAUAUUAUUAAAUGAUGAAGGGGUUGUUUAUAAUACUCAAGGAUAUUCUUCUCUUUUAACAGAGCCUUUAGGGUUUCCCUGGAAGAAGAAAAACAUAUUACAACUUAUUGGGGAUAAGCUCAUUAAUAAUAAAGGCCAAGCUGUCAAUCCUGGUGUAUUGACAGGAAAGACAUUAGGUUUAUACUUCAGCGCUUCUUGGUGUCCCCCUUGUGCUUCUUUUACGCCUAAGUUAAAAGAGAUAGUGCAGAAAUUAAGAGAACAGGAUAAAAACUUUGAAAUUAUUUUUAUUUCAAGUGAUAAAGACGAAGACUCGUUUAAAAAAUACUCUCAAGAUAUGGAUUGGCUUUCGGUUCCUUUCAAAGAGGCAGCGACGCGCGCUGUGCUGCAGGACACCCUUGGGGUUCGCUCACUGCCGACUUUGAUAUGGGUGUCUCCUGAGGGUGAAAUAUUAACAAAACGAGGUGUAUAUGCAGCUUUAGAAGACAAAGAGGGUUUAGGGUUCCCCUGGAAAGAAGAGACAGUAAGAGAUGCAGAUAAAGCUCUUGAAGUACUUGCAGAGGAGCCUGUUUUGCUUGCUUUUAUUGAUAAGACAGACAAAGAUACACAACAACAAAUACUUCAGGUGCUCGAGGAGGCUGCUGAUGAACUUAAAUCUAAACAAAAAGGAGACAGCGCGGGGCCCCUCCCCCAGUUUUUGUUUGUUAAGGGACCAUCGCCUCGCUCUGCAGCUCUUCGUUUAAUUUGCAGAGAAGGAAUAAGCGCAGCAGCAGCAGCUGCUGCUACUGCUGCUGCUGAUCCUGCUGCUGCUGCUGAUCCUGCUGCUGCUGCUGAUCCUGCUGCUGCUGCUUCGAACAAUGUCGCACUCGUGAUUUUGGAUGUUUUUACUCAAAAGGUCUACGCCUUCCCGUAUCCCUCCAAACAAAUCACAAAAAAUAAUAUUUUAGAGUUUGGUUUGGGGCCCCUUUCUGCUUUGGAAGAGGCGGGGGGGGGCCCUGGGGAGUCCCCAGGGGCCCCCUAG